UGGAUAACGUCUCCUUCAACCCGCAGUACAGUCUCAUUUCUCUACACACCAGCUCUGAGUGGAUGCUCAGCAGGGGUGUUUGAGAUAUUAGCCCGCUGUGGGGGGAAACGGCUCAGGGACUUCUACCAUCCACACACAAAGAGCCGGCAGUCAGGAGGAAUAUGGGCAAAUCCGAAAGCCAAAUGGAUAUCAUGGAGAAAUCAAGUAAACCUGGAAAGCGUCGUUGGACUGUUGCAGAAAUUGGUCUGUCCGUGCUGCUGCUGUUGGUCAGCUGUGCCUUGGCCGGGCUGGUAGUCCUCUACACGUCGGUUGUGAAAGAGCAAUCUAACAAGACGAGUGUGUCCAGGAGCUCAACAAGUGAAGGCCAGCUGUUUCGCUCCAGUCUCAACAGUGUGUGCACAACUGCGGACUGUGUUACUGCAGCUGCCCGGCUCUUGCAGAACAUGGAUCAGUCUGUGAAGCCUUGUGAUAAUUUCUACCAGUAUGCCUGCGGGGGCUGGCUGGAGAGACACGUCAUCCCGGAGACCAGCUCCCGCCACAGCGUCUUUGACAUUCUGAGGGACAAGCUGGAGAUUGUCCUCAAAGGUGUUCUGGAGACGGAGAAUGAACAGGACAGAAAUGCAAUCAAGAAGGCCAAAGUUCUUUACAACUCCUGCAUGAAUGAGAGCCUCAUAGAGCAGCGUGACUCCCAGCCCCUCCUGAAGCUCAUUGAGAGUAUCGGAGACUGGCCCGUGGCGUCAGAUGACUGGAACUCCACCACAGAGGAAGCAUGGAGCCUCGAGGACACACUGGCAAAGCUCACUUCUCAUUUCCACAAGAAGGUUCUGCUGGAUAUGUACGUGUGGACAGACGACCGGGACUCUCGGCGCCAUAUCAUUUAUAUUGACCAGCCUGGACUGGGUAUGCCAUCAAGAGACUAUUACUUCAAUGAUGGAAACUACAAAAAGGUUCGAGAGGCCUACCUACAUUUCAUGGUCUCUAUUGCGAAGAUAACCCGAGAGGACAGGAACUUGACUCAGGAUGACGACCGUGUGUGGGAGGAAAUGAUGCAAGUGCUGGAGCUGGAGACAGACAUCGCCAACGCCACAUCACCGGCAGAGGAGCGCCAAGAUGUCACCAUUCUCUAUAAUAAGAUGACUAUUGGAGAGCUGCAGAACACAUUCAGCUUUAAUGGGUUUAACUGGACACGGUUUAUUCAAGGCGUGCUAUCCAGUGUGUCUGUUGAGGUGCAGCUUGAGGAGGAGGUGGUGGUGUACAGCUCUCCCUACCUUGAGAAGAUGAAUGAGGUUCUCUCCAAACACAGUGUCAGAACUAUGCAGAACUACCUCAACUGGCAGCUCAUCAUCGACAGAGUGAACAGCUUGAGUCGCCGUUUCAAAGACGCUAGAGCCCGUUACAGAAAGACUCUCUAUGGGACCACAGUGGAGGACGCUUGGUGGCGAGAAUGCGUCCGUUACGUCCAGAGCAGCAUGGAGAACGCAGUUGGAGCUCUGUAUGUGCAUGAGACCUUUGCAGGAGAAAGCAAACGAAUGGUCAGUGACCUCAUCAGUAAGAUCCAGAAAGCGUACGUGGAAACACUGGAGGAGUUAAGCUGGAUGGAUUUUCCUUCAAAGGAGAAGGCAAGAGAGAAGGCCAUGGCAAUCAAGGAGCAUAUUGGUUAUCCAGAUCAUAUUCUGCAGGACAGCAACAAGAAGCUUGACCAGGAGUACGCUCAUCUGAAUUUUAGUGAAGAGCACUACUUUGAGAACAUCCUCGAGAACCUCAAGUCAGAGGCACACAAGAGUCUGAAGAAGCUCAGAGAACCUGUGGACCCGGACCUGUGGAUCAUUGGUGCUGCUGUAGUGAAUGCUUUCUACUCACCCAACAGAAACCAGAUUGUGUUUCCAGCAGGAAUCCUGCAGCCGCCUUUCUUCAGUAAACAUCAGCACCAGGCGCUCAACUUCGGUGGCAUAGGAAUGGUUAUCGGACAUGAGAUCACACACGGAUUCGAUGACAACGGGCGUAAUUUUGACAAGGAUGGUAAUAUGCUAAACUGGUGGAGUAAUUACUCUGCUGAGCAUUUUAAAGAGCAGUCACAGUGCAUGGUGCAACAGUAUGGCAACUUCAACUGGAAGCUAGCAGGAGGACAAAACGUCAGUGGAAUCAGCACUCUGGGGGAGAACAUUGCAGACAAUGGAGGGGUUCGUCAGGCAUAUAAGGCUUAUCUAAAGUGGGUGGAGAUGGAGGGUGAGGAGCCUCGUCUGCCUGGUCUAGACAUGGAUCACAAGCAACUUUUCUUUCUCAACUUUGCCCAAGUGUGGUGCGGUGCUUAUCGGCCUGAGUAUGCCAGCCAGUCCAUCAAGACUGACUCACACAGUCCCUUAGAGUACAGGGUGCUUGGAUCUCUCCAGAAUUUCGAAGCGUUCUCAGAAGCUUUCCAGUGUCAAAAAGGCAGUCAAAUGAACCCCGAGCAGAAGUGCCGUGUCUGGUAGAUAAUUUCACUCUUGAGAAAUGUAUUUCUUGACUUGGGCAACUCAAAUCAAAAGAACAAGUCUUACUGCUUCAACCCACAGAGACACCCUGCUCAUUUCCAAUUUAUUUGGGGCAGAGUGAUGAUGAUGCAGAUAUUUGCAUAUACUGUAGAUGUAUUCAAAAUGGAUGACAUCCUAGUUUUAAAACUUGAAGCACAUAUACUAUGAAAAAAGGAAACUUGGUAGAGGAUCCUCUCAAGUUUGAAGUGUUGUCUCUGGACGAGUGAGUCACUUGUUCGUUUUUUUUGCUGUGUCCCACGACAGCUGGGUACAUGAAUUAAACGGCUACAUAGAAAACAAAGACCUUGUGAAAUAGGUUAAAGC